UAAGGGAUCCAUAUUCUUCUUUUGGUUGUCUACGCUAAUUUUCUUUUGGUAGCUAGAUGUAUGACUAAGAUUAAGAAAAUAAACUAAAUUGAACCUAAAGCGGAUGGUGAUGGUGGUAGUGACUACGGAGGCUGUUGAAUCGGAAUAGUCUUUCAGUGGUGAUGGAUGGGCAGUGAUAAUGGUGGUAUUAUGCUGAAAGUAGUGGAGUUGUGGUGGUGGUGAUUGUGGUGCAGUUCAUGUGGGGUGCAGUUCAAGGUUGAGUACCUUGAGUUAAAUUUCGGUGACAUGGCUGUUGCUAAGGCAUUGCAUAUGGGGUUUUUAAUCAUAUUGGCCUAAGAGACGGUAGCCCAAGUUCAUUAGUAAGUCCAUUUUUAAUAAUUAGAAGAAAAAUGGAAUAUAAAAUAUCUUUAAUCAUAAAAGCAAUACACAGUCUUUCAAAAAAAUAAAUAAAAUUAAAAGAAUACACAACAUUUCAUAUAAUUCCAAAGUUCCAAUACCAUACCCUAGUUUUUUUUUUUUUUUUUUUUUUUUUUUUUUGUGAAAUAAAAUACCAAGGUCUCUCCUAGUAAUGUUUCAUGUUUGUUUUUCUUUGUCUUUAAACUUUGGAUGACAAGAACCAAGUCUAAUAUAAUUAGUAAUCUGUCUGGCUAAUUAGAUGUGACAAGUAAAUUUUAAGUUGAUAAUUUAAUUUUUUCUAUGCUACAUAUCUUUGUCAUAGGGAAUUUAGUGUUGGGCAUAACUUUGAUUAGUUGUUGGAUAAUGUUAAGGGCAUCCAAUUAUGUCUAUAAAUAUAUCAUAGUACGAUUUAUUGAUUUGGAGUGUCUUGUAGUAUUAUAUUGUAAGAAAACAAAGACAGGAUGAAUUUUGAGUUAGGAUUAUCAGUAGUAGUAAUCAUAUUGUCAAUGUUAGGAUUAGUAAUAUGGUGGUUGAAUGAGAUAUGGCAUAUGAGGCCGGUGAAGUUAAGGUGUUCAACAUUUAACACCAAAAUACCACCUGGUCAUUUGGGUCUUCCUUUAUUUGGAGAGACCUUGUCAUUUCUUUGGUUCUUCAACAAAGCUCGUCGUCCUGAUGAUUUUAUCAACUCCAAGAAAUCCAUGUACGGGGAUAAUGUGGGAGUUUAUAUAAUAUACGAUUUAAUCUGUCUUCCGGAUUCUCUUAACCGAUUUCUACUCCAAGUCCAAUGUUGUUUUGUUGAAACCCUUGAAUUAUGGUCCGAAAAGCCCAAAGUCACAGCUAUUCGUCAAAUGCAAAAGGUAAACUAAUCUUUCUCAAUUAUACUUCCCCAUCUCACAAAGGGAUAGUUAUCAAUGAAGGAUAAGGAAGGGAGAGAGUUAAGCGAGGAAGAUGUGUUAAGUUACUGUUGUGAGCACUAUCAACGUUGGUCAUGCUUCCAUUGCUGUUUUGGCAACAUAUGGUCUCUAUUUUUUAGCCAAAUCACCCCCAUGUUCUUCACUAGCUUAUGGUAUAAUUGCAAUAAUUUUGAUACAGAGUACUUAUUUGUGACUCCUUUUAUUUCUAUUUGAAAUCUUUAUACUAUAUAUAUGAAUGCACACGAUUGCUUAUAAAUAUAAACUACAAGCAUAAUUAAUCAUGACAUAUUCAUUGAACGUGUAAAGAAAACAAGGAUAUGACACAAGAGAAGAAAGGUGGGCACAUAACAUAUGAAGAUAUAAAGAACGAAGCUCAAGUAUACAAACAACUGAACAAGGUGAUAGAUGAAACAAUUAGAUUGGCAAAUCUUACCAGCUUUGUUUUCUGGAAAGCUACUAAUGAUAUUGAAAUUAAAGAGAAAGGUCUGGAAAUGGUUCUUCCAGAGAAGACUCUGGUUAAGUCAGCCGCUGAGAUCAGAAAGGAACAAUUAGAGAAAAAGAAGGACCAACUGGCGGCCAAAGACGAUGGGACGGGAAGCAAGAACGUCCCUCGGUCUCUAAGGUAGAUGCUAAAGAGGCCGGGAGAGGAGCCCGCCCAACCUUCUUCCCAAAGGCGGAGGGUCGCGUCUGAACCUGCCCCUGCCUCUGCCGGAAGAUAGCCGGCUCCUGAGAGGCCUACUUCAGCAGGCAAGAGUCUGUGAGAUCUGGGCCUAGGCUCAGGGCCGGCUGAGGCCAGAGCUGGGGAGCCUGAGGUUCCCUCUAGCGGGGUGCUUACUGUUGCAUCCGGCUCUAAUGCGGCUGGGGGUGGUGUCACCCCUCAGCCUGAAAACCAAGAUCUGCAAAACUACGCCAAGAGAAUGCUGAGGACUUUCACCCGAUCCGAAAAGGAGGCGGUACCGGGUAUCAACCAGGUCAACAUUGACCGCAUUAACUCACUUCUGGCUGAGGUGAUGUUGAAGGUUGAUGGAAUGAAGGUCCCCUUGCGGAAAAAACAAAAGGAGGAGGAGUUGAUCAAGGAGCUCACGGCUGCUGCUGAUAGAGCCAACAAAAAGGCAGCCGAUCGUGAACUCGAAGUCAACAAACUCAAGGCUGACGUCAAAGCCUUGGGGGAGGCUGACAAGGAGAACAACGAGCUGAAGGCUGAGGUCACCCGGCUGAAGAAUGAGCUGGCCCAGACUCAGAUGGAGCACAAGGACCAGUUGGCGGCUGAGCAGGACCAGCUGGUUACUGAGAACGAGCGCGACUGCGAAGAGCGCAUGAAGAUGGCAUGGUCUAUGAUCCAUCCGGACACCGACUAUGCCUUCUUCGACUUGAGGUACAAAUACGCUACUGAAGUAUUUGACGCUCAGGUUCUCGGGACAGAGAAGCCGACGCCCUUUGAAGAAUGGGCCGACAUCGAGGAGGAGGAGCACGCGGAAGAGAUAGUGCCGGGUGAGGCUGGAGAAGCCCAAACCCAGAAAACUCAAGAAGCCCCUCCUGCCGGUCAGGGCCAGCCGUCACAACAGCAAUAGCAGCAACAACAAUAGCUUAACAUUUUUUAUUCCUGCCUUCAUCCGGCCUGCGUGCCGCGUACUUUCUGUAUCUUCUGCCGGAAAAGGGUCCGACUGACAUUUUAAUUAUAUAUAUAUGCCGACUGGGUCGGUUUUGCUUUGA